AUGGGCUACAAAUCUGCUAUUAAUUCAACUGAGAAUUUAGCAAAGGCUGUAGCUAGAUUACCUCACCACUUUCGCAAUCAGUUUUACAAAUGUUCGAAAGGCAAAAUUACGAAUCAGGAAUAUAAUAAGAUUAAAAUUGGAGAGGAAACAUUUCCAACAGGUGCAGGUAGUGAACGCAGUACGAAGUGUUGGAUUUGUUCAGAAAAUCAUUUUGUUUGUAAAUGCAGAGAAUUUGAAUCAAAACCGGUGGCAGAUCAUAGUGGAUCAGAUAGCACCUUAAUUUGCGAAGAAACAGCGCGGAAACUCGGAUUAGGUGGGAAAGAGCAAUCGUUGAGAGAAUCGACGAUCCUAUCGAAUUCACAGACGUUUAAAUCAAAAAUCGUAUCAUUUAAUGUUCACCCGACCAAUCUAAUAGAAGAAAUCAGGAUCGAAAAAGCAUGGGUUGUACCAGAUCUUAACACUCCUACUGAAAAAAGAAACAUCACAGAUUUAAAAGAAAAAUAUGUUCAUUUAAAAGACAUCGAUAUACCAACCUUCAACGACGACAGAGUAACAGUACUUAUUGGAAUCGAUACACCAUCACUUCAUAUGCAACACGAUUAUCGAGUUGGAAAACACAACGAACCAGUAGCUGUUAAAACGCAACUUGGUUGGAUCCUAUUUGGUGGGAAGAAUAAAAACAUAUUUACCAAUAUUAAUCGAUUAGAAACUGAUACGGAUAAUCUCAAUAAAGCAGUAGAAAGAUUCUGGGAAAUCGAGUCAUAUGGAACAAAGCCUCCACUCCAUCCAGACCUACUAACGAAAGACGAGAAACAUGCGUUACACAUACUUAAGUCGACCACGAAAAUGAAAGACGGUCAUUUUGAAGUAGGUUUAUUGUGGAAAGAUGAAAAACCAAAAUUACCAUACGACUGUGAAUUAGCAGUCCAACGUCUGAAAUCUAACGAAAGAAAAUUGAGCAAGCAACCAAUUUUAGCAGAAAAUUACAGGUUACAGGUCAAGGAAUAUAUCGCUCUUGGACAUGCAAGAAAGCUUUCAGACUUUGAGAAGAACCAAACAUCCGAUAUCACCAACUACAUACCACAUCAUGGUGUUGUCCAUCCUAACAAGCCCAGAAAAGUUCGUGUAGUCUUUGACGCAGCAGCUGCAAAGUACAAAGGUAUUUCAUUAAACGACAACUUGUUGCCCGGCCCAGACUUGCUGAACAACCUAGUAUCUGUAUUACUCACAUUCCGUACCUAUCGUUACGCAAUUACGGCUGACAUUGAAAAAAUGUUUCAUCAAGUCAAAGUAUCAAAGAUAGAACAAGAUGCUCUUCGUUUCGUUUGGCGAGAAAACACCAGCGACAACAUUGAUGAUAUUGCCACACAAGUACAUUUAUUUGGUAAAGUAGACUCACCUUGUUGCGCAAAUUACGCUCUUCGACAAACUAGUAUCGAUCACGAUCGCGAAAUUGUAGACGCUAUCACGAAAAAGUUUUACAUGGAUGAUUAUCUGGGCUCCAUGAAAAUGGUAGACGAAGCCGUAUCGAUAGCAAAAACCGUGACAGAAGCAUUGACAAGUUGUGGCUUUCGUUUAACAAAAUGGCUUUCAAAUUCUUGUGAAACUCUUAAGUGUUUUCCAAAAACCGAAACCGUAAUCAACGUCAAUCUAUAUCUAAACAAAUUACCGACUGAAAGAGUACUUGGUAUGAUAUGGAAUCCGAAUACUGACUAUUUCACAUUCAAAGUUGUCAACAAGCCAUCACCUGAAACUAAAAGAGGUAUAUUAAGUUUAACAAGUUCAAUAUUUGACCCACUUGGCAUCUUAACACCAUUCAUUUUAGAAGGAAAACUUAUCAUCCAAUCUUUGUGGAAAUCCAAAAUAGACUGGGAUGAAGAAAUACCAACCGAAUUAAAAACAAGGUGGUUGAGCCGGAGAAGUGAAUUGGAAAAACUAACAUCGAUCAGCAUUCCUCGAUGGCUCAAACUACAGUCCGAUAAUCAGUUGAUUCAACUACAUAUUUUUUCCGAUGCUUCAAUCAAUGCAUAUGGUGCUGUCGCAUAUCUACGUAUUCAAGAUACGUAUACCGUCAAUGUAACAUUCGUGAUGGGACAAUCCAGAGUCGCCCCGUUGAAUCCGAAAUCUCUCACAAUACCAAAAUUAGAAUUACAAGCUGCUGUAUUGGCUACAAGAAUGAGAGAAUCAAUAGUGAGUAGUCUUUUCAUGGACCUUAGUACCAAAUUUUGGAUAGAGUCACAAAUAGUUUUGAAAUAUAUCUCGAAAGAAAACCGAAAAUUUUCAGUAUUCGUUAUGAAUCGCAUCAACGAAAUUCGUACUACGACUGACGUCAAUUCGUGGCGUUUUGUGCCAGAAACUCUGAACCCAGCAGACAAUGCUACAAGAUCUGUACCACUAUCAUCGACCGAGAAUUCCAGAUGGUUAACCGGUCCAUCGCUCUUAAUCGAAGAAGAAUGUAAUUGGCCAGACCAAAACCAAAAUGUGAUUCAAAGUGAAGAAGACGCAGAUAUUACCAACUUUCAGUCAACCAGAGAAAACAUCUUUUAUCAAAUGGGAAAGUUAUUCCGAUUGCGGGGAGGGUCUGAACGUGAAAAAUUUGAUUACCUGACCGUUGAUGAAAUUGAAGCAACAAAGUUACAGUUGUAUAGCAUCUCACAACAAGAAUCCUACCCAUUAGAAUUCGAAAACCUACAAUCAUACAAGGAACUACCAAAAAGAUCACCACUUGUAGCUUUGAGACCAAUGAUGCAAAACAAUUUGAUUCGCGUUGGAGGAAGAAUUGGUUUAAUCGAUAUACCAUUUGAGUCGAAGCACCAAUUGAUAAUCUCGCCGAAACACCACAUUGCACGACUCAUAAUUCAACACAUUCAUCAUACAAACUUCCAUGUUGAACAAAACGCCACACUAGCACUACCAAGACAAAAUAUUUGGAUUCCGACUGGAAAAUCCUAUGUGAAGAAUUUGAUAAAUGCAUGUACAUACUGCAAAUCAAAGAAAGUCAUACCAAUGUCACGACUUAUGGGAGAUCUACCAAUUGAUCGUCUUGCUGUAGGUGAACUACCAUUUAAUCAAUCAGGAGUAGAUUACUUUGGUCAAAUGAUUGUCAAGAGAAGUAAGAGGACAAGAGCUUCAUCUGGAACCGUGAAAAGGUAUGGAGCAUUGUUUACCUGCAUGACGUCACGUGCCGUUCAUAUUGAGCUAGCUAGAGACUUAUCGACAGAUAGUUUCAUUCUUGCACUUCGACGUUAUAUCUCAAGAAGAGGAAACCCCAAAACAAUCACCAGCGACAAAGGAACCAACUUCGUCGGCGCAGAUCGUGAACUAAGAGAACUGGUAACAAAUCUGAAUGAGACAAAACUUCGAAAAGAGUUAACAAAGAAUAGUAUCAAAUGGAAGUUCAAUCCACCAUUUUCACCAUGGAUGAAUGGAGCUAUGGAAUCUAUGGUAAAAAUCACUAAACGAGCGUUGAAAGCGACAGUUCGUGAUCGCGUUUUCACCGAAGAAGAGUUACGUACAUUCUUGACUGAAGUAGAAGCAACCAUCAAUAGCCGACCGUUGACUUCUAUCAGCAGUGACGCAGAUGACUACCAAGCACUAACGCCAAAUCAUUUUCCCAUAGGGAGAGCGUCGCAAAAUGCACCUGUAGAUUCUGUAUUUACAGACCUCGACGCUCGUAAAAGAUGGAGAGCCGUACAGGUUGCUUCAAAUAUGUUUUGGAAUAGAUGGAGAAAGGAAUACCUGCCUUCUUUGACAACACGUGCUAAAUGGAAUACAAAUGACGACCAAAUUAAGGAAGGAGACCUCGUGAUAGUUAGAGACCAGAACGUCCUGAAAAAUCAUUGGCCGCUUGGACGCAUUGCGAAAAUCUUUCCUGGCAGCGAUGGCAUCAACAGGAUUGCAGAAGUGAAAACUGCUGAUGGAAUUUACAAUCGUCCCAUCCGAUCACUUGCGUUACUGGAACGCAGUGCUAAAUGA